AUGUUCUCUACCCCCGAACGGUGUGACCGGGCAACGUCUGAGUGCGCUACCACCAGACGGCUAAGCGAGAACAUGCGAACUGGGCAAGUUAGUACUGUGUCUAAUAGCUGCCCUGGCGUAACAGGGUCGAGCGAACACAGUGAAGUGGCCCAGCAGUCCUCUUUAGGACUACCUGUAUCCAGCCUCCUUCCCCAUGAUUCCCAAUAUGAGCCUUGCGCUCGAAGGGAUAGGGAAGCGAGGAAAAGGCGGUGGCUCGCUUGCGAGUUACUGCAACUAGACCACCUAGUGAAAAGGUUCCGUCGAAACGACGGGAGAAUACAGUGGGCUCCCCUGGCAGCAGCCUGGGAAUGCUCCAACGACUCUGAGGGCCGCCCUCUCCAGCGCACCGUACCGGCCUUAAAGGCCGCGUACGCGAAGCUGGUGAAGCGGUCGGCGGUGGCUAGAAUACCGCCAACUCAACCUGAAACUGAAGAAGUCCCCGAGCAUGCCGAGGAAGGAGAAAUCCAGACUCGUACGGGGACAAUGGAAAUUGACGGAGUUCCCGAACAAGGGACUAGCAGACCCACGGCUGAAACUGUAGAAACUUCUGAACAGCCUGAUCUCCGAACGCUAGUUUUUCGGAAGUUCAGAAGAUUCCACCACUUAGCGAGAUCCUCGCCCAACAGAGCUCCUAUCAGAAAGCCACUGGGAGAAAUCCCACAGGCGCUGCUAGAAAUAGGUUCUAGGAUCCUGGCACAGCAUGUGCCGGACAUGAACUCCAAAGGUUUCAAGUACCUGACCAGACUGAACGCGGCAGUCUAUGCAAUAGGGAGAGCUAUUGUAGCUGUGGCUGACAGUCUGGAGGAGGGCACGGAAAACCCGAGGAGGGCUCUGAAGGACGCAGAGGAAAUCCGACAUACCCUGAUUGCGACUAUAUCGACUCUUGUGAAUAACCUUGCGGAGCGAAAAAGACGCGUCAGACGGAAGCAACCCUGGUACCCUACCAGGGCCUUCCUGAGCUUGGUACGCAUCUAUAAACUCCGUAAGAGGUGCGAUACCUAUGCCCUCGUAAGAGAGCUUAAGGAUCGCCUUAGGCAUACCCAGUCGGACAUCCAAGUGCUGAAAAACGCUCUGCGACGGCGGAAGAUCCGACGCGGAGGGUACCCGGCUGUAAUCCGAUCGAGCUCCAAUCCCACUGUGGAAAUACCAGCAGAAGCGGUUCGCGACUACUGGGAAAACAUAGUGGGCAGGAGGAAACCCUUUGAAGUAAGCUAUGAGCUGAAACAAUGGGCUCGUGGCGGGAUGUGUUCCGCGCCGUCAAGCCCUGGAAGGCUGCAGGCCCUGAUGGCAUUCCCGGUUUCUUCUGGAAGCAUCUUCCUGCAGCAAGGGAUGGCUUGA